AUGAUACUGUCCACCAUUGGAAAGAUUUCCAUCCGAAAAACAGUUGAUCGAGUCUUUUGCUCGUCCCGGUCAUCAAACAAACGGUGGUUACCUGAACUGAACAAGCAAAACAAUUCCGGGGGGCAUGAAUCGGCAUAUGCGGUAGCUGCUUGUCAAACUGUCACCAGCGCGCAGCAAACAGCAAACAGAUUCUGUAGGAAAAAGGCGAAGACUCUCGACACCAGCAUAGUAUCAGCUUCUAGUUUUGUGCGAAAGGAAAUGGAAAGUGUUGUUGAUGUAAAGUUUCCCGUAACAUCCCUUGUACCGAAGAAUGAAACUGGUGCGCUUAGCUUCAUCCGGAUGUAUCCGGAGUACGAUGGCCGCGACGUGACGAUUGCAAUCCUAGACUCCGGCGUUGAUCCCCGGGCAAAAGGUUUAGAGCAAGUACCGGGCGGUGAUGUUAAGGUUAUUGAACGUUUCGAUUGUUCCGGGUGCGGCGAUGUGGACACCAGCAAAACGGUCACGGCCAAUCAGGAUGGUACCAUUGUGGGUCUUUCCGGCCGCAAGUUACAGCUGUCUUCUACAAUGAAGUUGAAAAAUACCGCCGGAACAGAGUAUCGUGUGGGAUUGAAGAGUGUGCACGAUCUUUCGCCGUCUCGGAUUCGGGAACGUAUCUUGAGCGACCUGAAGGUAAAAACCUGGGACGAUCGGCAUAAGGUGGCAGUUAGCGAGGCGGCCAGAGAGCUGAGCGAUUUCGAGGCCAAAAUUCCUCCGACCGGUGUGAGCGGAAAGGAAAAACUGAUGAAGGAAAAUCUCGAGAGCACGCUCGAGUUCCUGAACACGUGCGAUAAAAAGUUUACCGAUCUAAAAACUUCGUACGACUGUGUGCUGUUCCCGACGAAGGAAGGCUGGAUGGCGGUGAUCGAUACUACCGAGCGGGGAGAUCUGGAAAAUGCGGUUCACGUGGUGGAAUACACCCGUUCCCAUCAGGUCGUUAAUUUGGACGAUUUUCUGUCGAUUUCGAUAAACGUGCACGAUGAAGGAAACGUGCUGGAAGUCGUCGGUGUUUGCUCGAGUCAUGGAACUCAUGUUGCGUCAAUUGCUAGCGGCUACCAUCCCGACGAUCCGGAGCUUAAUGGCGUUGCACCUGCGGCUAAGAUCGUCUCGCUAACCAUUGGCGAUGGACGGUUAGAAUCGAUGGAGACGGGAACGGCACUGGUUCGUGCCAUUAUUAAGGUGAUGGAACUGUGUGAAGCUGGUCGGAAAAUUGAUGUAAUCAACAUGAGCUAUGGAGAACACGGCCACUGGUCAAAUUCGGGUCGUGUCGGUGAGCUUAUGAGCGAGCUUGUAAAUAGAUACGGCGUGGUAUGGGUAGCAUCGGCUGGCAAUCACGGGCCGGCACUAUGCACCAUCGGCACACCACCCGAUAUCAGUCAACCGAGCUGCGUUGGCGUCGGAGCGUACGUAUCGCCGGAAAUGAUGGAAGCAGAGUACGCACUGCAUCAGAAGCUACCUGGCAACGUAUAUACCUGGUCUUCGCGGGAUCCAUGCAUUGAUGGAGGGUUCGGUGUGACGGUUUGUGCACCGGGUGCUGCGAUUGCUUCCGUCCCACAGUUCACCAUGUCCAAAGCACAACUGAUGAACGGUACCAGCAUGUCGGCACCGCAUGUGGCCGGAUCGGUCGGAUUGCUGAUUUCGGGAUUGAAGCAAAAGUCCGUCCCAUAUACGGCGUUCAGCAUCAAGCGCGCCCUGUGGAAUACGGCAACCAAAAUCGAUUACGUGGACAAGUUUGCGCAAGGAAAUGGGUUGUUGAAUGUUGGUAAAGCGUUCGACAAUCUUACCACGUACGCUGGACUGCUGGAAAACAAACUUCGGUACGCUGUAACAGUCGGCACUAACAAUGCGAAAGGUAUUCAUAUGCGGCACGGUGUUCUUACAAAGGUGGAAGACUUUCCCGUCAACAUAGAACCGGUUAUGUUCAACGAAAAAUAUGCGGAAGUGGCCGACAAGAUCAAUUUCAACGUGCGCCUAACGCUCAUACCAACGGAAUCUUGGAUUAGUUGUGGCAAUUAUCUCGAUCUCUGCUACUCAGCGCGCAAGAUAAACGUUAAGGUGGAUCCGUCCGGAUUAGCGCCGGGAGUGUACAGAGCGAGCGUGAAAGCUUACGAUUCUGCCUGUCCCGAAAAGGGCGUUUUGUUCGAAAUCCCGGUCACAGUGGUACAGCCACACGUAGUUGAUCCUAAGUCGAAUGAGUUUGUGCGCGGCGAUCUGCCAGUCGAUUGCAAACCGCACACCAUUAUACGGGACUUUAUCUUGGUGCCGAAGUAUGCGACCUGGGCUGUCAUUGAGAUGCGUUCGGCCGAUUCGAACGAUGCCGUGGGAGGUAAAUUUUUCCUACACACGCUUCAGAUCCUGCCGAUGAAAUUCUGCAAGGCGAUGGAGAUGCAAAAAAUAUUGCCGGUCAAUGGUAUCACUCCGACGGUGCAGCCUGUAAGGGUAGAGGGAGAUCAUAUAAUCGAAAUCUGUAUUGCCAAGUUUUGGUCAAAUUUUGGAACGCUGCCACUGCGCUAUUCGGUGAAAUUCCACGGAAUAAGCCCAUUGAAUGGAUCGGUAAUGCAUAGCGCUAGUGGGAUCCAUCGUAUUGAUCUAACCGCACUGGGCAGUGAAGAAGUGUAUCCGGUAGUUUCGCUAAAAACAGCUGCAUUGGUUUUAAAGCCAUCGGAAACCAAGGUGACUCCACUAACUGCGCGCGAUGUUAUCCACCCGGCGAGGCAAAUCUAUCAGACUCUCAUUACGUACCAGCUGCAUUUGGCAAAGGGUUACGAGGUAGCCUUCUACACGCCAUUGUUCAGCAACAUUCUCUAUGAGAGUGAGUUUGAGUCACAGUUCUGGAUGGUGUUCGAUGCGAACAAGAUGAUGGUUCGCUGUGGAGAUGCGUACUCGUACGACAAGUACGAAAAGGUGGAAAAGGGUGACUACACCAUCCGUUUGCAGGUGCGCCACGAGAAGAAAGAGUUGCUCGAGAAGUUGACGGAAGCGAACAUGAUCGUUAACUUCAAGCUUGCCAGCAACAGUCUCUCGGUGGACGUGUACAAAUCGUACAACCAGGUGCUGUCGGGUGCGAAAAAAAUGAUCAGCUGCUUCGUGGCGGCUGGUGUAUGUCGUCCCAUCUACCUAGCACCGAUUUCUAGCGAGAAGCUACAGAAAGCUUCCAUACCGCCACAGUGCUCUUGGCUAGAGGGCAGUAUUACGUACGCGAAGGAGGACAUAAUAAAGAAGUGUGUUUCGCACAGCUUCCAGUACAUACUGACGGAGGGUCCUCCGGCAAAGAAGAGUUCUACUGCCGCCAGCAAUACGGUCCCCACCACAAAUAGCGUUACUAACGGAAACAAUCUGGCUGGUGGAGGUUCGAACGGCACCGGCAAUAAUGUUGUUACCGCAUCGAAUGGAACUUCCAAUGGUGGUCUUACGAAUGGUACGCCACCGAAGGAAAGCCGAAGCAAAUGGGAUGAAUAUUGUGAAGGAUUGCGCGAUUACCAGACGGCGCAGAUAGCAAAAUUGGAUUCGGAACAUGCCGAGAAUCUAUAUCAAGCGCUACUGAAAGAUAAUCCCAACCAUCUAGCCGCUCAUUUGGCGAUGGCCGAUCACUUUGAUAGUAGCGAAUUGAAGCAAAAUCUGCCGUACGCAUUUAUGAAAUCGUUCGAUCUUUCGGAUUCUGGACCGGCGACACUGUUGAAGGUGAAGUUGCUGCGUAUCAUCGAGCUAACAAAUUUGGUGGUGAAGGAAACUGAUCAGAAUGCACUUUUGGCGUACUACGGCAUGAAGGUUGACAAUCGACCAAACGCUGCAAAAAUUAAAGUUCAAAUGGACAAACAAAAGCAGCUCCUAGUGGAUGCCUGCCAGCGUAAGUUCGUGGCCUUGUGCAAGCUGAAGAUUUUGCAGAAUUUGUUCGAUGCACAAGACGUGAGCCAACCGGACUAUACCGAGGAGCUGGAUCAGCUGUAUGGUGAUGUGGGCAAGUUUAUUGAAUACUCCGAUUCGAAGGUACUGUUGUUAUCGAUUUGGCACGCAUUUUCUCUAAAGCAGUAUGGUCGCAUGAUCAAGUAUUUAAACAAACAGUACGAGGAAAAGCUUAGCCGCGACAUCCUGGAGGAAAUACGUGCCGUUGUCGAUGAGAAGAAGUGGUCGCACGUGCAUCAACAGCUAUCGAAAAUAAUCGUAUCCUCCAACCCUCAGGGAUAUCGACUUUUCUAA